UGGUGUGAAUUACAUGUCCUGAAGAGGGAUUUGAGAAAAAACCAAGAGCAAGUUUCGAGCUUGAGAAAAAAGUUUGGAAACAUAACACCCAAAAAAAAAAAAAGAAAAGAUCAAUCAGAGAUAAUCGGAAGCUUAGUUUUAGUUUGUUUGUUUGGUUCUGACGUAAGCCGAAUGCGAAUAAGUGACGAAAGAGGGAAGCAAGGAUACUGCCAAGUGGAGGGUGAAGACGCAAUCGGAAAGUGAAAGGAUAUUCAGUUGAGUUGUGCUUCUCGCGAGGAAAGGACACGCGCCUCCGUCUGAUCGUUGAGCUACACGCGUACGCAUGCCUGAAGGGCACUCAAAAGUGUUUUGUACGAAAGUGUGCAAAUAGAAGCAGUGAGCAGCUACUUGCUGUCGAGGGCUUUGAAUAACCCCAAGGGGACCCCACAAGUGUUGUAAUAGUGAAUGAACACAGUGAAGCGAUAACCAUACUUAAGGAUUACUCUCGGUUGCAACGCGUUGCAAUUUGAACCGUGCUUAGUGGUGCAAACGCAGAUGCAUCUACCGGCUAGCAGCGAGUGCCAAACACCUCCGAAGAACAUGACUGAUAUGUACGCCAAUCUGCACACCAUGCUGCAGGAAUACCACGGCGAGCUGGUCCAAACCGGCUCCCCGGCGGUUCUCUGUUCCGCGCUACCGAACCACUGGCGCUCGAACAAGAGUUUGCCGUGUGCCUUCAAGGUGGUCGCCCUGGACGAUAUCCAGGAUGGAACGCUGGUCACCAUCAAGGCCGGCAACGACGAGAACUAUCACGGCGAGCUGCGUAACGCGACGGCUGUGAUGAAGAACCAGGUCGCCAAGUUCAACGAUCUUCGCUUUGUGGGCCGAUCGGGACGGGGAAAGUCCUUCUCGAUCACCAUCACCAUCAGCUCGUACCCCAGCCAGGUCGCCACCUACACCAAAGCGAUCAAGGUGACCGUGGAUGGACCUCGGGAGCCCCGAUCCAAGCAAAACUUCGCCUACGGACACCCGGGUGCGUUCAAUCCCUUCAUGCUGAACCCGGGCUGGCUGGACGCGGCCUACAUGAACUACGCCUGGUCCGACUACUUCCGGCAGCAGCAGCAGAUGCAGGCCCAGCAGCAACAGCAGUCUGGUGGCCAGCAGACUCCGGCCGCGGCCGGUGGCAAAGGAUCACCACCGUUGCCAUCGACUAACGGUACGACCGGACCAAUGCUACCAACACCCCCGGCCGAUUUUAUGCCCCUGGCGGGUGCACCGACGGCCGCAAGCGGACUCACCCCACCGGCCGUUCCGGUCCUACCCAACGGAGCCACCUAUCUCUCGCAGUUCCCCUUCGGCGCACACACCGAUCUGCACCUGAAAUCUCCAUUCCUGCCUUACGACAUCUCGCCGCUGCGUGCCAACGGACUCCGUAACGGUACCCACCCGCUCACCGCCACGAUCAGCAUCUCCUCGAACGAUUUCAUCUCCUCCUCGCGGCUCUCGCCCGCCUCCUCACGCAACUCUACCUCCUCCCCGCAAUCCUCCAUCCUCAACCAGUCCCAAACCAAAAUGCUAAACUCCUCGCACUCCGCCAACGGCGACGAGAACUCCUCCGCCGAGGAGUCGGACGAGGAACAGAUCGACGUCGUGAAAUCGGCCUUCAUCCCCAUCCUGCGCCCCCUGCCAGCCUCCUCCGCCGACACCAGCAUGGAACCGCUCAAGUCGGAAACGCCCGACUCGACGUCGGCACCCGGCUCACCCGGCAAACCACGCUACGACCUGAAGGCCCCGUCCGCCAAGCGGACCCAGCUGCACGAGAGUGCCGUCCCCUGCGAGCCGCUCGGUUCCCCCGAAAGCACCAAACUGCUCCGAUCGCCCGGGCUCAUUCUCAAGCAGUCCGCCAAAACGGUCUGGCGACCCUAUUGAGAGUACCUGCUGCUGUAUCGCGGGUCGCGGGUGGCGAUAUCGGCUACAUCCUGCCGGCUGGGGAAGUAGUGCGCGCGCGUUUCUCUGUAUCUAUAGUAGCUUAAUUCAGCCCUGGUGAUAUUAAUGUUAAUGUUUAGCAAUUGUAAAUAUGUCGCGGAAAACCCCCGCUCGAACGGAUUCCUUCCUCUAUACAUUCAAGAUAUAGGAAGCUGAAUCACCCGGGAAGCAUCCCCUGUAAAUAGUUGAGGGCUCUUUUUUCCAAACCGUUUUAUGUUACGAAACAUUGGCAAAUUAGAGUUGUGAUAGACUCAACAAACCUAUUUUAUAUAUACAAACACACACAAAGAUACUUUUGGUUAUGCUUACCAAUCAACAAUCCAAUUGUGAAUAGAGAGAGAGAGAGAGCUAGUUUUUUAGGAGAUUAAUUUUAUUUUAACUUAAACUCAAUCCUAGUUUUAGUGCGCAAAACAGUCUGUGUGGGCGAGGGGGGAGAAACAGGUACAGUUUUAUAUAGUACAAAACAACUGGAAUUUAACUACUGAAAGCCAAUCGAGCGUCUUCGACGCAGAAUAAA